AAGUCAGUGACGACGUGACGUCAUUCCUCGGCGCCACACACGUGGGACGAGCUCCUGAGCGACGCCACACACGCGAGGCGGACAACAUGGCAGCAGUGCAGGCACUCGAGAUACAGCUGGCGCAAAAGUUAGCGUCUAACGAAAAGCCCAUCCGAACUAAAGCUUUAAAGAAGCUAAGGAAGUAUAUCAACGUCAGGUCACAGAAGGCAACAGAUGGGUUUACGAGUGAAGAGCUGCUGAAGCUAUGGAAGGGUCUGUUCUACUGUUUGUGGAUGCAGGACAAACCCCUUUUACAGGAGGUGCUUUCAAAUUCUGUCUCCAGUCUGAUCAAAAGCUUUCAUGAUGUUAAUGGACAGUUCUUGUAUGUGGAAAGCUUCUUUAAGACGUUCAAAAGAGAGUGGACCGGCAUUGACAGGCUGCGAAUGGACAAGUUUUUCCAGCUCGUCCGCUUCAUGUUUCGGCAAACCUUUGAGAUGCUCAAGAAAAAAACCUGGGAGUCCAGUGUGGUUGAGAGAUUUCUACAACUGUUGACAACAGAACUCCUCCUCAGUGGCAGCAACGCACCUACUGGUCUGCAGUUACAUGUCCUCGACCUGUAUUUAACUGAACUAGCAGCUGUGGGCUCAGCAGAGCUCACUGCUGACCAGAACCUGAUAUUCAUAGAGCCAUUCUGCAAAACAGCAGCCAAAACCAAGAACCGGACACUUUUCCGGGCCAUCUGCAACAGCAUCUUUAGUACAAUCAUCGACCAGGCUCCCUUUGCCAUUGAAGACCUGAUGAAGGAGAUAAAAGCAACUGAAUCCUCUGACUCAGGCCAGUCCUCUGAAGGGGAAGAGGCGGUGGAGUGCAAAGACCUGCCGAAGUUAAUGAAUGGUCAGAAAUCAUGCCAUGGAGAUGGCGAUAUUGACCGACAGUCAGGUGACUCAGACACAGAACUAUACGAUGAUGACAAAGCUGCACCAGUUUUACAGUUUGACUAUGCAGCUCUUGCUGACAAGCUGCUGGAGAUGUCAAGCCACAGCCACACACCCAGCUACAACAGACAGAGACUCUACAAAAUCAUCAAAGUGCUGCGGGAUCUCAGCGAAGGCAUCUUUCCCCAGGAUGAAUAUCCAGAAGAAGUCUCCACAGAUGAAGAUGAUGACAUGUUUGCCAGCAGAAAGAAGAUGAAGAAAAGGCGUCGUAUUGAAAUGGAAUCAGGAAAGAACACCUCUAAACCCAAGCAAAGCGAGGCCUCAAGUAAAGAUGGCAUGGAGCCGACAAACCCUGUUGUUUUAAAAAAGCAAAAGAAGAAAAAAAGGAAGGCGUGUCGUGAUGAAUGUGCAAGCGGUGAUCCAAACGCCAAAAGCACCAAUGAGGAACAUGCUGAAUUUUCAACUCAAAGUAAGAUUAGAUUAAAUGGGUCUGAAGAUGAAGCAAAGAUGCAGCCAUUUGUUUCUGGCUUGGGUGAAGCAGACAAACCAAAUUGUUGCAUAAUCAACAAGGAUAAGCCAAAAAAGAAAAAGAUGAACAAAAAAAUGAAAGUAUUGGAGCUGAAAGUGGAAGAGCUAGCAAAGCCUCAGACUUGCACUACUCAGGGCAUUGGCACAGGAAUAACAGAGCAAGAGAACUCAUCCAAACCCAAUGUUGUGGUCUCUGUGAAGACAGACGCAAAGUUAAAAUCACAAAGUGACACGGUGGAAAAUCCAGUAGACUAUGAGAUGUCAGAAAACUCAAUGUUGAAUGAAGCUCAAUCGCAGCCUAUAAAUCCUGCUAAGAGGAAAAAGAAGGGCCUGAAAGCUGAGAAAGUCAAAGAUGAUGAUGGUCAUUCACAGCUAAGCACAAUACAGACUAAAUCAAUACCAUGUAAAGAUUCGAAAGAUGAUUGCAUGACUGACACUACCGCCUCGGCUAAGAAGAAUAAGAGAAAGAAACUUGUGGAUAAAACUCCAAGUUAUGAAUCUGCUACAAAGGCAGAGCUUGCAGCAGUGAGAGAGGAGGCAAAGACAAACAAGCAGGAACCAAUUCUAGAGAAAACAGAUCAUACACCUGAAGAAAAGACCCCUGAACUUUUACAUUCUACAAGUCAAAGUCCUACCGAUGGAAGUCCUGCAUCUUCAAAGAAAAAAAGACAAAGGAGGCGAAAUAAAUCUACAACUUCUGUUCAAGCCAAAAAGGAGAUUGCCAUGUUAGGCAAGUCUCAGUUAUUGGAUGUUGAAUCGAUGUCCUCUGAUCAUCACGUUGCAAGUUCUCUGAAGAACACCCAACCAUCAGCCCAGGUGGAGGAAGUCAAAGAUGAAACUCAGCUAUUGAAUUGGCAUGUAGAUGAGCCCAUGGUUGGUGAUGAGGCGUUCUCUUUCUCUGGGAAGCCGAACAAGAAGAAAAAGAAGAUACCUGUGGUGUUUGAGUUUGAGGCGGAUGAGCUCGAGACUGCCACACCAGUCAACAACGUUGCAAAAGGACCAGCUGGUAUCAGGAAGAUUAAGGGAAGGGAUGGUUUCUCCACACCUCAGAUGGCUAAUAAGCCCCAGAAGUUAAAGGUGAAGACCUCAUCAUGUGACUUUAUCACAUUUCAGGCCAAUGCCAAAGCUCCGACACCACUCUUCUACAGGGCUAAAGGAAGCCCCCAAAACACACAACUUGGCAAUAAGACGAGGCAAACUCCCACAUCAGAUUCCAAGAAGGUGACCUUCCACCUAAAGAAUAAUAAAACAGCAGAGUUCAAGAAGAACGAUCGCAGCCUGUUACUGAGCCCUGAAGGGUCAUCAAAAGUCCCUUUUGACCCGAAACAGAAACCAAAGUUCGGGGUUUUAAAGGCUUCUCCCAAGCCGCUCUCCGCCAGCAUCAAGAAGACCGCCAAGAUCAACAGAAAGAGGGCUCUCAGUGCACCAAACAGCACACCUAAAAAAAGACGUCCCUCCGCAGCAGACUUUUUUUGAAUUACCACAAUUUCUAUACUUCAUGUACACAUGUAAAUUUGUGAGUAUUUUAUCUUGGACCAUCCACACAAUAUUCCUGAAAUAGUACAUCGCCUUCAUAAAAAUAAGGAUUUUUUUUUCCCCUUUUAAUUUUUUCAGCAGGAAAACAUUUUAAUAGCAAUUUGAUCAUGAAGCAUUGCUCUAAAUAUUGAUUAUUCUCUGCACUGUUGUGACAAAACCUGUCAUGUGGUGAAGAUUGGAUGAAAAUUGUUCAUGUGAAAAGGAGCAUGUGCUGAUUUGGGGCAUGUUUGAUAUUCAAAGGCAGCCUUUUUUUGUUGACAUUAUGUAAAUAAAAUUGAAACGACUGUCAAAC